CAUGCGUCAUGAGCUGUGCGAAGGCUGCAUUGCGGCCAAGGCGAAGCCAGCUUGUUGCUGCAACAUUUGGUGAUUGUCCAGAUUAAUCACUGCUUGUGGACCCGUCCUACCUAAAUGCAGGUCAGCCGACAGAUGACGCCUAAUGCGGCUGCAUUUAAACCUAAACUUUAUAAAGAGAGCCUCCCAGUUUGACACCUAGUGUUCGUGGUGCAAGCUUCCAUCAUGGCGGCAGCCUUGUCACGGCUUCAGCGCGUUAGCUGCUGCACCACUGUCACAUGGCAGCCCAGCGCUUCCGCAGCGGGCCGCCCAGGUGCCACCAAAGUGUACCCUGGGACAAAAGUGGUCGCCAUUGAAAGGGUUGGCGUCUUUCAGCCUCUCAAUGCAGUCUUUCGCCUACCGGUGAUCAGCAAGGGGACCUGGCACAACUUUCCGCCAGCUGUGCGGUGCGUCGCACAAGUUGCGGCCCGUGACAAGACUGGGCAGCUCACAGAAUGUGCCCCUGAGGAGCAAGGAGCAGUAUUCGGCACUAGCCCAGUUGCCAACCUGUUUGGCCCAGCUUUCCUUUCUGGAGGAACUGAGCAAGUUGACAAUGCACUGGCCUUGUUACUUGACUCUUAUCAAGAGCCCCUCAUCGAGGCGCCGCCGGCAGGCGCAACACUGCCUCUCGAUGCCACCUGUCACAUUCUGACUGGUCCUAGCGAGGUUGUUGAGGAUUCGGAACUGCAAGCCCACAUUGACGCCCUUUCGGAGGAGCAAGCAAUGCUUAGAGAGUCCUUCCAAGCCCCCCACGACGGACCCCUGAUCUUGCCAGACUCCCUGGAUUGGCGUCUGGCACGCCUUUCGCCAGUCGUCGCAGUUGACGAGCCCCCCCCAGAGACCCCAGUCCAGAAACUCCAAAACAUGCUCAUGGGCACUGCGAGGCUUCUAGGGGCGCUCGUACUGGCCUCCGCUCUCGCCCUUUGUACCCCCCACCCGGCGCUGGCGGCCCGCAGCAUGGGUCGCGCGGGCGGGGGGGGCUUCUCCAGCAGCCGCUCGAGUGCGGGUUCUAGCCGCUCUAGUUCUUCCAGCUCCAGCCGGUCCAGUUCGAGCAGCUCCAGCCGCUCUAGUUCUUCCAGCUCCAGCCGCUCUGGUUCGAGCGGUUCCAGCCGCUCUAGUUCUUUGAGUUCUGGCCGAUCUAGUUCUUCCAAUUCCGGCCGGUCUGGCUCCUCCAGUUCCGGCGGCUCUAGUUCUUCUUCCCGCCGCUCUAGUUCUUCAAGUGGCGGCAGUUCUGGCUCUGGCUUUCACUGGGGCAGCACUCCUUCGAGCCACUCUUCCAGUCACUCAAGCGACUCACAUGGUCACCCUCCCACUCACCCCAACACUGGCGGUCAUUCCCUCAGCCACUCUGAUAGCCACGCAAAGAGCGGUGUCAAACCCUGGAGCGGAGGGGCAGCUGGGAAGUCCUCUGGGAAACCUCCCGAGCCAAACCCGUCUCCAAGCUCUUCUGAGAAGCGGAGAUGGUUUGGUGGCGGCUCCCACGAACCCGAGGAGCCGUACCUCAACUCCCACUCUCAUAGCGACACGUUAGCGUCAAUCCACCUUCACUUGGGCGGCCCCACCCAGCCCCCCUUCAGCAGCCACCCGGGUGCCUACCACUACUCAGACACGCACGACCGGCUACUGAGGGCUUUUUUCCGCAGUCUGAGCGGCGAAGACCGCAGCAAGGAAACGGGGGGGCAGCAGCAGCCUGGGGCGGAGGUCCCCCGUACUCCGAAAGAGGCGGCUGCGGAUGCGGAAGCACAGAAAGCCACCCUUGAGGAAGUGUUGACCAUUCUUGGUAUUGCGGCGUUUGAAAUUCUUGUGGUUACGAUUCUUGCUCUGGGGAUGCACAGAAUAUUGAUGGUAGUUUUUGAAAGGGAACGCCCAAGCGACGACAACUCGGGAACCGUGAGGGAGAGGGACGGUGACCUGGUUGCUGACGCCAGCAGGGCCGCGGAGAGGACGCGUGAUGACGUCAGUGAGAGUCGCGCCCCCGAAGGAACGCGGGUGUACGAUUUUGACACGGAAGUGAAAAACCUCCUUACGGUUGUCAAGAUUCAGGUUGCUCUGCUGGGCCAGGCCAAGUCGGUUCAGGUCCAGAUGGAUAAGCUAUGCGAGGAGGCGGAUACGGGCUCCAAGGAGGGACUGCAUAAUCUCUUGACAGAGACCUUGCUGGUGAUCCUGCGCCACUCCACGUACUGGGCAUAUGGAAACGCUCAGAUGAUCCCCUUGGGAUACGACGCGGCUGAGAGACGGUACCAGCAGAUUGCACUGGAGGAGAGGUCCAAGGCGGAGCAGGAGACGCUGGUCAACAAGGGAGGCAAGCUGACCAAGAUGCCGUCCGUCCGCGAUACGGACGAAGAGCCGCCGCCCAACGAGCUAAUCGUCGUGACCGUCUUGGCUGCCGUUAAGGGCCGUUUGGAAGCGCGCGAGGGGGCACAACGCGUCGCCGCGCGUGAGAGCCUCAAAGGGGCACUGCAGGCGCUGAGCCAGGUGCAGGCGAAUGACCUCGAGGUGCUCGACAUUUUAUGGGUGCCCCAGGAAGAUGACGACACGCUGACGCACGCCGAGCUCAUUGAGAACUUUACAGAUCUGUCGCCCAUGUGAAUCCUGUGGUCGUAAUUCUUUCGGGGCUGGGUGGGGGGUGGAAUUGAAAAGAAACGAGAACUGUGUUGGAGACGAUAGUUGUCUUUUUCUGAAGGCUUCUAGUAGCCUUGGUCUCAACUGGUAAUGAUAGGACAGCGCAGGGACGGGUAUAUAUGGUUUUUGGACGGAUAGGAAGGCUUGUUACAUAGCUAGGACAGUCCUUGUUAAUCAUUUGGUACUCGCAGCAGUGCUUCGCUGAGUACAGCCAAGGGCGCUUACAGGGUCUCUCAAAAGGGGUGGGUGGGUAUUCGGUCACGG